CAUUUGUUUUUGUUAUUGUGCGGGCAUCGGCAAUUUCUUCGAUCGUCAUUUUCAAACGCAGGGUUAUUUACAAUGCCGCGACCCAGAAGAUCUGAUCUUUCACAACGAAGCCGAAAUGCAAUUAGACUUCGCAAUGCAACGAAUAAUACCACUGAAGAAGAAAAAGAAAUAGCACGAGAAAGGUGUCGCCUUAGGAUGGUUCGACUUCGUGCUUCACAAACAGAAGAACAAAGAGAGGCAAGACGUCAAACGGAAAGGUUGGCCCUGAGAAAUCGUCGAACUUAUCAAACUGCAUGUGUUGCUUUGAAGUCCGUUGGAGAAAUAGACACGCACCAAAGCCCUAAACUUUUUGGCGAUUUUUUGCAUCUGGUAUGA